UUUGAAGCCGACACAGACAAUGCCAGCCUGGGAGCUGUCGGAGGAGCAGGUGCGGAAGGCUGGGAGGGGGCCGUGGAGUUUGUCCCCGGGCAGCCCUACCGGGGCCGCGGGGCCUGGGCCCCGCCGAGCUCGGCGACUGAGAGGGAGCUGUUGGCCGUGGGCGCGGGCCAGCCGCUCUGCCGCGACGCAGCCAUGGGGCAGUGCUUUCGCGGGGAGCGCUGCGUGUACGUCCACGGAGAGGUUUGCGAUAUGUGCGGGCGGCAGGCCUUGCACCCCGUGGACGAUGCCCAGAGGGCAGACCACAUAAAGGCCUGCAUCGAAGCGCACGAAAAGGAUAUGGAGCUCUCGUUUGCCGUGCAGCGCAGUAUGGACAAAGUGUGUGGCAUCUGUAUGGAGGUUGUCUAUGAGAAAGCCAACCCCAGCGACUGUCGCUUUGGCAUCCUCUCUAGCUGCAACCACGCCUACUGUCUUAAGUGUAUCCGCAGGUGGAGGACGGCCACACAGUUCGGGAACAGGCUUAUCAAGUCCUGCCCGCAGUGCAGGGUCACCUCCAACUUUGUCAUUCCCAGUGAGUUCUGGGUGGAGGAGGAGGAAGAGAAGCAGAAACUUAUUCAGCAGUACAAGGAGGCAUUGAGCAACAAGACCUGCAGGUAUUUUGCUCAAGGCAGGGGGUGCUGCCCCUUUGGAGAGAACUGCUUUUACAAGCAUGCAGAGCCCGAGGGCGAGGGCGAGGGCGAGGAGCCUCAGAGGCGGGGUUCUGGGGAACCCGGCAGCCCUGACAGCCAACAUAUGGAACCCGAGCAGGUGGGAGAGGGCCGCAUGCACUUGCAAAGCAGUAAAGAGCUUGUCACGCUUUGGCUGGCCAGUCUGCGUGUGAGCCGUUUUCUUUCGCUGGGAGCCAAUGGGCUGCCCCUUUUCACAGAGCGGUGGGACGUGCUUUUUGUGCGGCUGGAAGUAUCUUUCUGUUUGGUUCGUGAGCGUUUCGCUGUGGCAUGUGGUGUGGUGUGCUGA